CAUUAUUCUUCGAACCUCAGCCCUGAAGUUCCAUGUGGAAUGGGCUCGAGAAAAGCUAGACGACGACCCAAUUGUACCGCGCUUCUAUUAACAAGUCGUUGCUUAAGUCGAUCCUUGCUUCUGUUGAAAGCGAGGCAUCCUGCCCAAUAAAGACAUCCGUACCCCUGCUCUGGAAAGCCACUCCAGGAGACCUUCAGGAGGUUAAGAUCCGGACGUGGCUGCUCGACAGGCGUCUCUUCUGCGCUCUCAGCUCGAGGCGCUGAUUCAGUCGACACAAGACGGACGCGUACCAACCCUGCUCAGCCCCAUUUUUCCAAGCACGUCAACCGUUUUGGCAAUGUCAGAUCUCGUAUGAUCGAGCCGUCGAGUACAGAUCACAGCGCAUAUGCAACCGUGCUUUUGCGGAUGCGGAGCACACGCAGCCGAUAACCGAGUUACUGGGACCAACCACGAAUCUCCGAGCAUCUGGGUCCUUCUACCCCUUCUCUUGCGUCGUCAUGGAGGAGCGGGAUCAUGCAUUCAUAUUGCAGAGGAUGCUGCUUGCAUCCACCUGCUCCACUUCGUCUGACCUUCAUCAUUCUUUAUCAGUCUUUACCUGCAGAUGGAGGACUUUCAACCAUGGCCUAGAUUUUUCGCCACCCGCACGUUCAUGUAUCUCCGGCUGGAUUUGCGCCGGAAAUGGCAGUGUGCAGGCAUUGAGGAUGAUAAUGCUCCGCGGCUCCGCGCUGACCGGUGAGGGAAUGGGCAUGGCCACCCUGCGCAGAGGGAAAACUCUGGCAGCGCUAAGAGAACACUCUGUCAUGACCCUUAGACUGACUCUUCGCAGCCUCGACGUUAUUGAUUUCCCAAACAGAGCAUCCGCCCACGGGUCCUGUCUGGCGACCGAGGCGACAGCUUCUGAAGAUCCGCCGCCUCUUAGAUCAGUAUCUCGUUUCGAUGUUCAUAUUUCUCCUUGGCCGGUUCCUCCAUACUCGUCAAUCAAAGCUUUUAUCUGCUUUCAGAGGCCAGGUUUCAGAUUCGAGUACAAGACAUGCGCCGCGACCGCGUCACUUCCAGAUCCGGGAUUUUCGGCUAUUGCAUCCAUGGCAUCGGAAAACGCCGAAUGUUACCAACAGGGCGAACUUGUCUCAGAAGAACUAUUAAUGGGCGUCUUGCGCUCUUCUGCGAUAGCUGUGAACCGUGGGACAAACAGCUGUUCGUGGUCGAGCACGCUUCCAGCGUCUCUGGGCCUUCCAAUACCAUGGUAUGCUCUUCCACCGCCAGCACAUGACCGCCUUUUCGUCCUGAGUGGGCUCCACCUGGCGGCCGACUACCAAUAGGGCUUUGAAGCCCUUCAUCAAAACGCAUCCGGAUUCGCUAUCCUGCGACCAUCGAUAUCACUUUCACCGGUGCCAAAUUCGGGUUCGAUCAGUAACAUCCUCGGCACAGCUAUAUCUAGACGUCCUUGCCAGCUAGGCUCGUACAAGAAAUAUUCGCAGCACCGAUACCGCAGAUUGGCGCCCUGGCAACCGGGUUAUAGGUACACGAUGGCGCUCGCACCGCGUCUGCCACAGCUUACCUAUCAUCCAUAGAGCCCCACGUUCAUUAAGCCUACGAAGGCUUUCAGGGCAACCUACGGGAAGCCGUCUCGGGAUUAUUCGGCAUCCUCAGAAGCUCUCUCCUUUCUUUACUUCAAGCCUGCCUAUUCCAUAUGCCGUAGACACACCGCUUGCGUCUUAAGCAAUCACCCUCAGUCUCCGGGUGACCGGUAGCUGGCCUAUUACCAACGUUCUUGGAGAGAGGGGGCCAUCCAUUGGAAUGCUCAACUAAUCAA